AUGGCACCUAAGAUAGAUCCUAGUGAUCCCCUGUUUCUGGGAGCAUCAGAUGUGGCAGGAGCUGCUUUGAUUCCCAUAAAGUUGACUGGUUCAGAGAAUUAUGAAAUUUGGGAAAUCAACAAUCUACACCAAGGCACUGACUCAGUUUCAACCUACUUCACUGAGCUGAAGAAUCUGUGGAGUGAGCAUGAUGCAGUUAUACCAGCUCCAUCAUGUAAUUGUCCUAAGUCUAAAGAGUAUUCAGAACACUUAUAUCAGUUGAGGCUAAUACAAUUUCUAAGCGGACUAAAUGAUGCGUAUGAUCAAACAAAGAGACAAAUACUGAUGAAGGGAACAACACCUACACUUAAUCAAGCAUAUGCAAUGAUCAUUGAGGAUGAGAUCCAGCAACUUGCUUGUGCUGCAACCAUUAGUGAUAAAACUGAGCCUAUUGCUAUGUAA